AAUGGCUCUUGCAUUGAUGGACAUUCGCUGAUGUCGCGGUCGCAUUGUUCUCCGUACAUUUGCUAUAAGUGGCGUACAACAAAGAACGCGUUCUGCCGAUUCUGACGUCCGAGGCCCGAGCGCAAGGUGUGUCGCAGUGGCGCACCGCAUAAGUAAUGGUUCUACCGCGCUCUUUUUAUUGAUCAUUUUCUGCUGUCAGAGGCCGACCUCUUCCCACUGGGCUUGAAGAUCCCACCAAUCUGCUGACCCUUGCCGCGGCGACAUAUCCUAGUCGCAUCACCGCCAGUCACAAGGCAAGUCAGCACCAUGGCCGCCUGCGGCUUGACCAUGAAAUCAGUGUUCCAGAUCCUCGUAAUUCCAGACGACUCGCCGCUGCUGCGACCCCCGGCGUCGGGGGCAUGUCCAAUCUCUCGUCUGGCACCGGAAACCCUUAUCGAGAUCCUGGCGCUCUGUCUCUUUGAUGUGAGGCCCCUCGAGUUCUGUGGCAAGAUGAGUGAUGAAUGGGAACAGAGGUUCGACGCCAACGCGUUCGUAGCCUCCAUGAUGCUCGUGUGCCGCCACUGGCGCCGCAUCAUCCUUGGCGCCGCAACGCUAUGGUCCCGGAUGAUGGUCAGCGAGCGCACGCCCCCUGAUCGCCUUCCGCCACACCUGGAGCGGUCUUGCCGCGCUCCGGUUACGAUCUUCCUGUACGAGUGUCGGAGGGACAUCUUGCCCGUGCUCAACGCCCACCUGUGGCGCACAAAGGAGCUCCACUUGUGGUUCUACAAUGAUAUCAAUUCCGACGUGUUGACUGCGCUGUCUGCUCCCGCCCCGGUCUUGCGCAACUUGUCGGUUUAUGCCUGGAAUGAGUCUGUAGAUGCGGUGGCGCUCCCGCCGAUGUUCAGCGGGCACGCACCGAGUCUCAGACAGCUCCAUCUCUCGCCCUACUGUCUUCGGCCGCUGGAUCGUUUCGCGGGUCUGACCCACCUCCGCCUUGCGAACCAAGCGGACAACCCGGCGUGGACAAUUUCCGUGCUCUUGGACACUCUCGAGGCGAUGCCCAAUCUGGAGCUGCUGGACAUGUUUGCGGUGCUCAUGGGUCCUCUCCCUGUCGACGAUCCGAAGCGGCUUGUUGUCCUCCCUAAGCUCCGGCUGUGCAACAUCACGUAUCAUGAUUGGGACGUCGUGUCCCUCCUUCUGAGUCACAUAGAGAUACCAGAGCGUGCCCGCUUGAUCAUGGAAGAGUUCAUGGGAGGCCACGGGGACAGCAUCGGGAUGGCCUUCCCAGCCGACGUCUCGCAUCUCAAAAACAUGAGCCGGAUCACGAAGAUACAGCUUCGUCAUCUGCACCAUACGAUCAACCUUGCAGGCUUCAGCGAAGAUGGGGAAUCAUCCUUCUUAUAUGAUGCUUGCCUGUCGGGUUGGAAGUUUGAUGCGCCAACAUUGAGGUCGUUGAGCAGAUUUCUGAACGUCCGCAAUCUCUCCGAGAUGUGGGUUGACGUCUCCCCAGGUCGUGGCAUCAAGGGGCCUAAGAAGCUUAAUACUGUCGAACUGUGGACGUCGGUGUUCGCAGAGAUGCGCAAUCUGCGACUGAUAUCCGUUAGCAAACGAUUUUCUGGGGCCAUCAUCAAGGCACUUACUCCAAAGGUAUCAGUCACCUCUGCGACCUCAAUGUAUGCCCCGAAUUUAGAAACGCUCAUCAUCUACAAUGACGUUGACAUCUCAGCGGGCCUGCUGCAAACCCUUGCGCGUCGCCGCCAUGCUCUUGGGCAUCCGCUGCAACAUUUACACGUAGCGAUGAGGCCUUACAUUGGUGCAUUGACGGCUCUCCUUCGCCUCAGGGGGGUCUACAUCGCGCAAGACAGAAUGGUGAACGCGCUUAUUGUUCCAACAAAGGCAACGGAUGAUGCAGGCAUCGAUUUGGCGGUAAAAGUCAUGGUGGAUCAGACCUACGGGAGCUCGUCCACAAAGCUCCCUCCCAACGCCGAUAUUCUCUCAGAUAUCUAUUACAGACUAAGCGUCACGAACUGA